UGCUUUUGUUUUCUCUUUGCUUCCCUGUCAAACGACUCCUGCAACAUUAUACAUGGCUGGGGUUGUAAUUUUGUAAUUACACAUCUGUGUAUAUUCCCAAUCUAAAAUGAACUGUGAAGAAACAAAGCACUGCUUAGCUUAAUUAGUGAUAUUAGGAAGCCGUUCUUUAUGGACUGUACUGAUGUCUGCUGCUUCGCUAGGCUGCCAUCCCUUGGCUCCCUGUGAACCAGAGAAGGGAUAGUCUCCAACCUCAAGCUGCACACAACCCCCCCUUGACAUGUAAAGACCAUCAGAACAAUCACAUUAAGGCCAGCCUAUAGGAAAGCCUUCUACUUGACCAAUCCAAGCUUGCUUAAAGCUAACCAAUUACAGCCUGGUUUACAUCUAACCUCCUAAACUGUCUUCUAGGGGGAUUUAAAUGUGGUACCUUAGUGUGAUUCCUACUACAGCAAGCAAAUGAACACACACUUUGAGCAAGCAUUGCAUCUCUAGAAGGACCAACCAGCAACAUUCAUCAUUUAUUCAGUGCAUCUGACACAUUUCAUCUUUUUUUUGUAUAAAUAAUGCACACUGAUUUUUCAGCAGACAGAGCAUCUAUAUGCAAUAUCUGGAUUUUUGUAUCGGCGCGAUCUAAAGUGCUCAGUCCAGAUAGAUAUGCAUCGCAGGGUUAAAGCAUCCCCUAGUGAUUUCCCAAAUGGAGCAUGCAGAUCUGAUGGAGAGACAGAGGCAUUGCCUGCUUUGAAAAGAAGUGGCUCCUGAUCCUGCAGACGUUUCCAGCAAUAGAUGCAAGGUGGGAAUUUGCUAGCUGCUUCAUGACUCAACACUACUAAACCAUUUAAUCGAGAUUUAAAAGACAAAAUAAGAUGUCUAUGCAAUUACAAAACGAACAUUUGUCACCGAAGUACAAUUAAUGAGAUGCAAAUUAAAACCAUGUUCUUAAGAAAGAUUUCUGGGAUAUUUCCAGCUGGAUUUGGACUUCGUCUUUCUCAGAAAUUUGUAUUCUUAUUAUUUUUAUCAGGAUUUAUUACACUUUGUUUCGGGACAUUGUUCCUCUUACCAGACACAUCAAAGUUUAAAAGGAUAUUUUUAUCAGGUACCCAGGGCCAGGGUGGUGAACGAAUACACAGCUAUGCUAAUAAGAAAAUGAACAAAAAAACUAUAGACGAUCAAAAGUCUCUGAUUCGGAAUACAAAUCAGGAAAAGUGGAGAUCCAAAGAUGAGUUUGAUGUGAACGUGAAACCAUUGGGAUUUCUAGCUCACAACUACGAAACACUCAAAGAAGACAAUUCACUGAACAGAGAGCAGAUCGUAGCUGCCAAAGCCAAAAAUAAAGACAAUGAAAUAUCUCCAGCUCAAAGGAAGCAAGCUGAGUUUAUAUUUGAUUACAACUCUUUCAAAAAAUCUCUUAAAUAUCCGCCACUCGGAAAUCAUCACAAACAGAAAGACCCAGAAACACGGGAAAGAAGAAAUAAAAUAAAAGAGAUGAUGAAGUUUGCUUGGGACAGCUACAAGAAAUAUGCUUGGGGGGAAAAUGAGCUGCGUCCUCUCACUAAAGAUGGACAUUUUGGAAGUUUGUUUGGUGGACUGAAGGGAGCUACAAUUGUGGAUGCUCUGGACACACUUUUUAUUAUGGAUUUGAAGGAAGAAUUUGAGAAUGCUGAAAAUUGGAUUGAAAAUAGCCUAGAUUUGAAUGUGAAUGGAGAAGCCUCUUUAUUUGAGGUUAACAUUCGUUACAUUGGAGGACUGCUUUCUGCUUACUACCUGUCAGGGAAAGAGGUUUUUAGAGAAAAAGCAAUAGGCCUUGGGAAGAAACUUUUACCAGCAUUUAGCACACCUACUGGGAUUCCACGUGGUAUUAUCAACCUUGGAAAUGGAUUAAACUGGAGCUGGGGAUGGGCCUCAGCAGGAAGCAGCAUUUUAGCAGAAUUUGGGACCUUACACUUAGAAUUCUUGAAACUCAGUGAGCUGUCUGGAGAUUCAGUGUUUAUUGAGAAGGUGAACAACAUCAGGAAAACUUUGAAGAAAAUAGAAAAACCACAUGGAUUGUAUCCUAAUUAUUUCAGCCCUGUCAGUGGCAGCUGGGUUCAGCAUCAUGUGUCUCUUGGAGGACUUGGUGACAGCUUCUAUGAAUACUUAAUCAAGUCUUGGCUGAUGUCAGCUAAACAAGAUAAUGAAGCAAAGGGCAUGUACUAUGAAGCUGUGGAGGCUAUUGAAGCACAUCUGAUCAGAAAGUCUCCAGGAGGACUGACAUAUAUUGCUGAGUGGAAAGGUGGAGUCCUGGACCACAAGAUGGGGCACCUGACUUGCUUUGCUGCCGGGAUGUUGGCACUAGGAGCAAAUGAUGCACCACAGAACAAGAAAGAACAUUUCAUUGAGUUAGCAGCAGAAAUUGCCAGCACGUGUCAUGAGUCUUAUGUACGUACAGAUACUAAGCUUGGACCUGAAGUGUUUAGGUUUGAUACAGGGGCUGAAGCCACCUCAAGCAGGCUGAGUGAAAGAUAUUACUUGCUCCGUCCAGAGGUUGUAGAAAGUUACCUGUACCUGUGGAGGCUGACGCAUAACCCUAAAUAUAGAGACUGGGGCUGGGAGAUCGCACAGGCUUUGGACACUUACUGCAGGAUUGAAAAUGGAUUUUCAGGAAUAAGAGACGUGUAUACUACCACUCCAAACCAUGAUAAUGUUCAACAGAGCUUUUUCAUGUCAGAAACAUUAAAAUACCUCUACCUUCUGUUUUCAGAAGAUGAUCUGCUAUCAUUAGAAGACUGGGUAUUUAAUACCGAAGCACAUCCACUACCAAUAAGUCGUGUACAAUCUGUUUGAAGCACAAGAAUACAAUAUAUAUCUAUCCAGUGUUUUUAUCUUAAAUUGAAGUUUUCAUACAAAAGAAAUUCUAUUUUAUGAGCUGAUUUGAGAUACCAGUACUUGUGUGAAAUAAUAUCAAUAUCUGUAUCUGACAAAUUUAGCACUAAAAGAAAUAGUGGCCUUUUGCAGAAAAUUCUGCUUUUCAUAUAUAUAUUUUUUGAAGUGGAAAAUG